UUUGAUUCUGAGACUAUGGAAUAUGAAAGCAUUAGCAAUAUGGACUUCUUUUUUUAUCACCAUUGUGUCUUUUGGGAUGGCUUUAACCACAGCUGUGAGCACGGCUGGGGUCCUUUAGAUGGACACCUGUGCAGUGGUCAACACCCACAGCCAAGGGCUGCAGUCAGGGGGAGGUUUGGGACUCUUCACCCGCCCCCGGGGCGCUGCGCGACAUGGCGGCGCGGCUCCCCGCCUCUCGCCCGCCCCUUUCUCCGCCUUCUCCCUCUUUGGCGCCAAACGGCGAAGGAAAGCGGCGGGAUGAGCGGCCAUCAGCCCGAGCACAUUAACGGUUUUGGCAAUGAAGCAACCUGUAAAAAACGAGAGGAUUAUCUGGAAUGGCCUGAAUAUUUUAUGGCUGUUGCGUUUCUGUCGGCACAGAGAAGCAAGGACCCAAGUUCUCAGGUUGGUGCCUGUAUUGUAAAUUCAGAAAACAAGAUCGUUGGAAUUGGGUACAAUGGGAUGCCUAAUGGCUGCAGUGAUGAUGUGCUACCUUGGACAAGAACAGCAGCGCAUAGAUUAGACACAAAGUAUCCUUACGUGUGCCAUGCUGAAUUGAAUGCCAUCAUGAACAAAAACUCAGCUGAUGUGAAAGGGUGCAGCAUAUACGUUGCCUUAUUUCCAUGUAAUGAAUGUGCAAAGCUCAUCAUCCAGGCAGGCAUAAAGGAAGUUAUUUUUAUGUCUGACAAGUAUCACGACUCUAUUGAAAUGACAGCGGCACGGCGGAUGUUUGAUUUAGCUGGUAUUGUAUACAGGGAAUUCAAGCCAAAAUGUAACAAGAUCAUCAUCGACUUUGAUUCAAUUAACUGCAGACCAAGUCAAAAACUUCUGUGAAUUAAGUCCCAUUAUAUCUCUAGAAGACUGAUUAUCCUUCUCUAAAAAGCUGCAAAUGCCUUUCAUCAUGAAGUUACUUGCAACUUUUUAAUGGCUUCUAUAGCUAAAGUAGACUUCUAAGAAAUGUAAGGCAUAAAAUGUUCCCCUCACUUCAUCUUGUCAUGUGGAAUCUAAAUCAACUUAAAAUUUUUAAUGCCUUUAUCAAAUCUGCUUUAAAAGUCUAGAGACGUGGAGAUGAGACAGUAUAAUGAAUGUACAGAAAACUGUUCUGAUUCUUGCUGCAUUCAUCACUACAUGCUCUGAUAGGCUGUCAGCAUUGAUUUAGACUCAGUUAAACAGCAGUUUUUAUUUUAACCAGUAGUACUUUCAAAUAUGCUAAUAUAUGUUGAUCUCUCCAUUGGAUGUGUGGAUCUAAAUAGUUAAUCCUAAUAAAUGACAAAGUGUUAUCCAUACAAAUACUAAUCUUCUGACUUGCAUAACACUAGUAUUUUAAAGGGCUAUACAGAUUGAGGUGUAUAUGGUAUUUUAUUGUUGCUACCCAACAAAAGGAAGUUGAUUUUUCUGUUAAUUGCUAUCUAACACUGUUAUACUUGUGGAGUGGUGAGAGAGGAAGUUGUUCUGAGAAUGGCUGAUGCUGGAGCAAGCUUUAGAGACCUUUUAAUUCUCUGUUUUUACCAGGACUCCAGAAAUGAAGGGGUUAGAAGGAGUAAAUAAUUUCUCCCUUACCUUUGGGACUCUUAUUUGGAAUAGGUUUUCAUGUGUAGAAGGAAAUUAGUUUAUUGGUCUAAGUUCAUUCUAGAUGAUCCAAAAUAGUUCAGUCUUAAAAUUAACCUGUAAGGUAACUCAAUCAUUUUUUGUCCUUUGAGAGAAAUUGGAGAUACUCAGCCCAUAUCUACAUCCGUGCCAAAAGAGGUAAUUAUGAUGUUAGCUUGUUUCCCAGUGCUGGCGUAGUACUUCCAUUUUCAUAAAUGUUGCCUAAAAUAAUAUCCUUUUUAAUUUUAUUUUGAGAUCUGGGAAUAUAUUUUGUGUUCCUUUUCUCUAAUUUGAUUUUUUUUAAAUUAAAUAUGCCUAGUGGCUUUGUUUAGAUGGUGUUUUUCGGUCUAUUUUUUUUUCUUCUAAGAUGUGGUUAUACUUCAGUGAGCUUUUAUUUUCUCUGAAAAAGCUUUGUUUCAUAUUUUGGGACAUUGUGUAAUUUGGCUUCAUACCAGUAUUAUUAAAGUCUUAUUAAAAUCUA